AUGGUGACAAUGCGAGUGACAGCAGCCUGGGGCUUGCUUGUGCAGCUUGCAUACAGCAUAACGCCCGAGCAAAUGAUCUCAGCGCCUCGAUACAGUGCUGCCAGUCCGAAUCCAAGCGGAGAAUGGGCUGUGUUCACAUCGGCCAACUACUCUUUCGAAGAACACGAAUCCUCGACCACCUGGAAACUGAUCAAUCUGGUCAGUGGCGACAUUACAGAUCUCCCAUGGGGCAGUGAAGUCUCCGAAGCUGCCUGGGUUGGCCCUACCAACACCAGUGUUCUGUAUAUCAAUGGCACCAACGAUCAUAUCCCUGGGGGCGUGACUCUGUACACAGCAGAUCUCGCAGAUGCUUCAGCUGCGCCCACCCUUGUGGCAUCUCUGCCUGCACCAUACUCAGGUCUGCACGCUGUCAACACAGCAUCCGGUGGAAUCAACUUUGUGCUGAGCUGCCUGGCUUAUGGCGAGAAUGGCACAGCCUACAAUGAGGAGCUGGCACCUACGCCAGUCAACACUGGACGACUUUACGACAGCAUCUAUGUCAGGCACUGGGAUACCUGGAUCACCAAGGAGCGCUAUGCAGUCUUUGGUGGUUCGCUCAGCAAGAACACCUCUGGCUAUGGCAACUGUUCUGCCGGGUUGAGCUUCGGCGGCAUGAAGAACCUUGUCCAUGCUCUGGAGUACAAUGUAACACGCCCCGAAUCUCCUGUUGGCUCGAGCUUUGAUGCAGGUGAUUACGAUAUUAGCCCUGAUGGCUCUCAAGUCGUCUUCUUGACCAAGGCUCCGGAGCUGCCAAAGGCCAACUUUACUGCGAGCUAUCUCUACCUUGUGCCUCACGAUGGCUCUUCUGCUCCUAUGGCCAUCAACGGUCCUGGCAGCUCCGCUCCCGCGGCUGCACAAGGUGCCAGUGGUGGUGCCGAGUUCUCGCCCGAUGGCAGGAAACUCGCGUACUACCAGAUGGAUGGUGGCUCCUACGAGUCGGAUCGAAGCAAGCUCUACGUGGCUGAUCUGGAGACGAAGGAGAUCACUCCGGUCGCAGCAGACUGGGACCGCUCAGCUGGCAGCAUCAGAUGGAGCAAAGACGGCUCGACCUUGUGGGUUGCAGCCGACUCUAUCGGCAGCACGAAACUCUUCCCAGUGCCUGUAGACGCAGCGGCAGACUACGAACCAGCCAACAUUACGGACAUUACUUCGGUCUCGGACUUCUACAUCCUGCCCAGUGGUGAGGCACUUGUCAGCGCCAACAGCGUCUGGGCUUCAUAUCUGCUGUACACUAUCAACGCUGAUAGAGAGACCAAGUACUUCUACAAGUCAAACGAGGAGGACGCCAACCUUGCAGGCCUUGGGCCCGAAGAUGUCGACUUUAUCUGGUAUGAAGGCACCAACGGUGACCAACAGCAAGCAAUCGUGGUCUACCCAGAAGACUUCAACGCCAGCAAAGUCUACGACCUCGUCUUCUACGUCCACGGCGGACCCCAAAGCUAUACCGGCAACACGUGGUCCACGCGCUGGAACCUGAAGACCUGGGCGGAUCAAGGCUACGUUCUUGUCGGACCUAACCCGACGGGCUCUACCAGCUACGGUCAGAACCUCACAGAUAACAUCCAGGCCCGCUGGGGCAGCUGGCCAUACGAGGACCUGGUGAAUGCACACAAGUACGCCUGUGACAACUUGCCAUACGUCAACUGCAGUAACGCAGUGGGAGCUGGAGCUUCAUAUGGAGGCUACAUGAUGAACUGGAUCCAGGGCCACGAUCUUGGCGAUCAGUUCAAAGCCCUAGUAUGCCACGAUGGCGUCGCCACGACUUACGCUGACUGGAGCACUGAAGAGCUAUGGUUCACGCGCCAUGACUUCAACGGGACGAUUUGGGAAGGGCCAGGAAGGUCGAACUAUGUCGCAUGGGACCCUCUCACACAUGCGAAGAACUUCUCGACACCGGAGUUCAUCGUUCACAAUGAGUUGGAUUACCGUCUUCCAGUUAGUGAGGGUCUUGCAAUGUUUAACGUUCUUCAGACACGUGGUGUGCCUAGCAGAUUUCUGAGCUUCCCGGAUGAGAACCACUGGGUCCUGAACCAAGAGAACUCGCUUUUCUGGCACCAGGAGAUCUUCAACUGGAUCAAUUACUAUACUGGUAAGAUUGAGAGUUUGGAUGGGAAUGCCAUCCAGAUGUGA